CUUUUUCACUCCCCGGAAAACUAACAUUCAUCAACUUCCGGUGUCACGGCGAACCUGGAGACCGAGCAAAAAAGCGGGCACACCGAAAUCUUUAACGGGUUCGCUUGUCUAUAGGCUCUUUGAAGCGUAUGCAUUAGAUGCAGAAAGUCAAAGAAUUGCGCAUAGAGGGCUUCUAAUCCUUCUGGAUUUACAUUAGCUUUAAAAGGGGUCUCAUUCAUUCGUCGUCUGUGCUAGCUUACGAGCUAACGAGCCCGCACAGUGUGUGGAGCAGGAGGAGACGGAGGCCUUUCUCUGGACUUUAGCAUUAGCAGGCUAACGCAUGCGAACACGUUUCCUUUCUUAAUGAUUUCGUCUCUUACGUUGUAAAUAUACAUCACACAGCUGAUGUCUGUGCCGUCUCAAACACAUUGGAACAUUCUGUUGUAAAGUAGGCUGCUAGGAAAUACAAACUUAGUGCAGAUCAGCGAAGGACUUGUUUUUAAGAGUGUUCACUUUGUUGCUAACAACGCAGUCUCCGAGAGCGUCGUAGUCCUCGACCCUCAGAGAUGUCGGACUUUGACGAAUUCGAAAGACAGCUAUCUGAAAACAAACAAGCUGAAAGGGACAAAGAGAACCGCCACCACCGCCGGUCCUCUUCCCGCAGCCGCAGCAGAGAGAGGAAAAGGAGGAGCAGAGAUAGGGACAGACGCAGCAGGGACCGCCGUGGAGACAGUAAGGAGCGCAGACAUCGACGCAGCUCACCAACCAGCUACCCGCAGGACAAUGCUGGAAGCCGCUCUCCACACCGCGAGAAGAAGAAGAAGGUGAAGAAGUAUUGGGAUGUCCCUCCACCUGGUUUUGAACACAUCACUCCCAUGCAGUACAAAGCCAUGCAAGCUGCAGGCCAGAUCCCAGCCACAGCUCUUCUGCCGACCAUGACUCCAGAUGGUCUGGCUGUUACCCCGACCCCUGUACCUGUAGUGGGCAGCCAGAUGACCCGGCAGGCCCGCAGGCUCUAUGUGGGCAACAUCCCAUUUGGUAUCACAGAGGAAUCCAUGAUGGACUUCUUCAAUGCCCAGAUGCGUUUGGGUGGUCUUACUCAGGCCCCUGGAAACCCUGUCCUUGCAGUACAGAUCAACCAGGAUAAGAACUUUGCCUUCCUUGAAUUCCGUUCAGUGGAUGAAACGACUCAGGCAAUGGCCUUUGAUGGCAUCAUAUUUCAAGGCCAGAGUCUCAAGAUCCGCCGUCCCCACGAUUACCAGCCUCUGCCGGGCAUGAGCGAGAACCCCAGUGUCUAUGUGCCUGGUACACAGACAAUUAAUGGUGUGGUCUCCACAGUGGUACCUGACUCAGCUCACAAACUCUUCAUUGGGGGCUUGCCCAAUUACCUGAAUGAUGACCAGGUGAAGGAGCUGCUGACAUCAUUCGGCCCCCUGAAGGCCUUUAACCUGGUGAAGGACAGUGCUACAGGCUUAUCUAAAGGAUACGCCUUCUGUGAAUAUGUUGAUGUCAACCUAAAUGACCAGGCUAUUGCAGGGCUGAACGGCAUGCAGCUGGGAGACAAGAAGCUGCUGGUGCAGAGAGCCAGUGUGGGAUCCAAGAACGCCACCCUGACAAGUAUAAACCAGACCCCAGUGACGCUGCAGGUGCCAGGUCUGAACAGCUCAGUGACUCAAAUGGGUGGCCUGCCCACUGAGGUGCUGUGUCUGAUGAACAUGGUGGCCCCAGAAGAGCUGCUGGAUGAUGAAGAAUACGAGGAGAUUGUGGAAGACGUCAGGGACGAGUGCAGCAAGUACGGCCAAGUGAAAAGUAUCGAGAUACCUCGUCCUGUGGACGGCCUGGAGGUGCCCGGAACUGGCAAGAUCUUUGUGGAGUUCAUGUCAGUCUUCGACUCCCAAAAAGCCAUGCAGGGGCUGACAGGAAGGAAGUUUGCCAACAGGGUGGUGGUGACCAAAUACUGCGAUCCAGACGCUUAUCACCGCCGAGACUUCUGGUAGAGGAGGCAUGUAGAGAAGAGGGGAGGGGGGAGGAUGGGAGGGAGAGGGUGGGAACAGCCAUUUCCAAACCAGCCCCCUCGUUGAUUUGGCAGAGCAACAUUUCUUGUAGAUCUGAAGGUGUUAAUCAUUUGGCGGCAUCAAAUUUACUGAUUGUGAACUAAGAUCUCCCGCAAUUAAGAAUGCUGCUGCUAAUUGAGAAAGAAGAAGAAGAAUGAGGAGGUUUACAUCCAGAGCUAUCUAUGAAGGGGCUUGGUUUGGAUGGUGAGGGUGUAGCUUGGGUCAGUGAGCUAAAGAUUUCUGAGAAAUGUGUGAAAUAUUAGGUCCAGGGUGGGGUCAACAAUUUUUAUACUUUGUGAGACAAGGAUGUUCUUUGAGGGUGGGAGGGGGGUGCCACGCUUUAAGGUUUGUAUUUAAAUGGAGGUAGCCUGUUUUAAGUAAUUAGGGAGGAGUUGCAGGAAAGAAUGAACUGGACUGUUGUGAUGGAGGAGAGGGAUGCAGAAAACCAGAGUGUUUAUUUGUGAUGGGGAGAUGUGGGGGAGAAUGAGGGGAGGAAGAUGAGGGCCUUUUUAUUUGACCAUCCAACGUAGAUACACAGUAGCUGUAACAUCCACUUCAGUUUUUGCCGUCGUCAUUAGAAAAGCAAGAGGAGAUCCCUCACUUUAGUUUUUAUUCUAUGUGUGGACUCAUUUCUUCACAUUUCCAUCAGUCUGCUGCCCCCCCCCCUCAGGACGAUUGUUAGAGAAUCUGUUGUUUAAUUGGACUCUGAAUGUUAACUGUAAAUGUUCCCCAUACUGUGUGUAGCUUCACUGAUAUGAGCUGUAAUAUCACCUUGUAUUCAGUCGCAGAAUAACAUGAACUGCAGAAAAGAACGUUUUCAAUAAUGCCUGUUAGAUUUUCUUUUCUUUAUUAUUUUCUGUAAUGUUUUUUUCUUUCAAGUCCAUCUUUUGUGCACAGCUUUUAACAGGUGAGAUUGUUUUGUCUUAGCGGUUCAGUCCUGGUUUAAUCCAAGAGCUAAUCAAUAGAAGAACAUGGGGAAGCAGACGGAUUGGUAUUAACAGCAGAUUUUUAUCUUCCCUACCAAAAAGCCUUAAUGCUAUCUCAUGUCAAAAUCGCAAAUGAAAAACAUUUGGCUUGCCCCUUCAUCAGUAAUGAUAUCUGUGUGCUCAUAGAUGUCACUCUCUUGUACUUUGCAUCACCAGUUUUCAUUCAUUCAUUGUUUCCCAGCAGACUUGGGAUGUAAGAUGUGUUGGACACGGUUGUUUAUUUUUUCUGUGCAACAUCUCACCUCUCUGACAAGACCAAAUAAACACGUGACUAAUA